AUGGCUCUUGAUCCGCGAUUGAUGCCGGGUGUGGCAUCAACUGCAUCUACUCCUUCUUUAAGAUCAAGGGAAGGUAGUGUUGUAUCUUCGGCCAAAGAUGCGGGUGGAAAUGUUAGAGUUGUGGUUAGAGUUAGAGGAUUUCUUCCCAGAGGUGGAGGAGCUGAGUGCCUGGUCGAGAUGAAUCCAAUGUCGCAAGCAACCACCCUUCUCGUACCCAAUGAUGCAGAUCCUGCAAACACUCGCUCGAAGAUGCGCAGAGUCAUUGAAGAGAAACACUUUACAUUUGACAAUUCCUUUUGGAGCCACAACAAAUCUGAUAAACAUUAUGCGCACCAGGAGGAUGUUUAUAAUAGCUUGGGGGAGGAAUUCUUGGAUCAUAACUUCGAAGGAUAUCAUACAUGCAUCUUUGCAUAUGGCCAGACUGGAUCGGGAAAGAGUUAUACGAUGAUGGGGACAGAAGAGCAGCCAGGAUUAAUACCAAGGACCUGCGAGGAUCUUUUCCAGCGGAUUGAGGCAGCCCAUAAUGAAAGUCCAAACAUUUCCUACAAUGUCCGUGUAUCUUAUUUCGAGGUCUAUAACGAACAUGUCCGAGAUCUCCUUGUUCCAUACCACCCCAAUCAACCACCUUAUUACCUUAAGAUUCGUGAAUCCCCUACUGAAGGACCUUAUAUCAAGGAUUUAAUCGAUGCUCCUGUUAAGAAUAUCUCCGAGAUUAUGCGAUACAUGAAAAUGGGAGAUGCUAGUCGAACCACAGCAAGUACUAAGAUGAAUGAUACAAGUAGCAGAAGCCAUAGUGUUUUUACUAUUAUGCUCAAGCAGAUUCACCAUGAGAUGGACACCGACGAAACUACAGAACGUACUGCUAGGAUACGACUCGUGGAUCUUGCAGGCAGUGAACGAGCAAAGGCAACAGAAGCAACAGGUGCUCGUCUACGCGAGGGAAGCAAUAUCAAUAAAUCCCUAACUACUCUUGGUCGUGUCAUUGCUGCUCUCGCGGAUCCAAAACAACACCGCACCGGAAAGCGCAACAAGGAUGUUGUUCCCUAUAGAGAUUCGAUCCUCACUUGGCUGCUCAAGGAUUCACUGGGAGGAAAUAGCAAAACCGCAAUGAUUGCAUGCAUUUCUCCGUCCGAUUACGAUGAAACUCUCUCCACCCUUCGCUAUGCCGAUCAAGCCAAACGUAUCCGCACACGUGCCGUCGUCAAUCAGGACCAUGUUUCCGCUGCGGAGCGCGAUGCUCAAAUUGCUGCCAUGGCUGAGGAGAUUCGUAUCCUACAACUUCAAGUUUCCAAAUCUGAUUCCACGCGCAAAGAGACAGAAACCAAAGCACAAGACGAGAAACUCGAGCAAUACCAGAACAAGAUCGCCCUAAUGCAAAGAAUGAUGGAAGAUAGAACCAUGAUAUCAGAAGGCAAAAUUCGCAGCUUGACAACGGAGAAUGACGCUUUGAGAUUGCAUUUGAAGCUAGCUCUGGACAGCUUGAAGAAUCCAAUCAAGGUGGAACCUGCAAGAGCUAUUAGUCUGCGCAAUCCUGAUUUUGGUGGCGAACAUGAAGUGGAGCAGAACAAGGAGAAUAGACAUCCGGAUCAAGCGACUGCAGAGGAAGAAGAGUAUGGACAGGAAUACACAGAUGAAGAUGAAGCUAUUGAUGUUGGUGUUCAUCAGGAGAGAGCAAGUGAGAUUCAAGGUUUCAUGGGUGAUCUGUUAAAGGAUUUGGGUAUGUUCAGAAAGAAGAUUGGUGAUGAUAAAGGUCGUUUCGGUCGCGAAAUUGGGGUAAUUCAAGUUGUAUGA